UACUCACAACUUCUCUCAAACCAAACUCGAAGUCUAAGAGAGAAAGAAAGAAAAGCCCACUAAACUAGUACUACUACGCCUACUCUACUCCUACUCCUACUAUGACCAAAGAGUUUGAAAAGAACCCCAUGUUCAUAGAACAAAAUCAUCCUCACCAUGCUACUGCCGUUAUGGAAAACGGUGACUUUCGUAAGAACGUUGAUGAAGAUGGUCGCCCCAAAAGAAGUGGGACAUGGGUAACGGCGAGUGCACAUAUCAUCACGGCGGUGAUUGGAUCGGGAGUACUGUCACUGGCGUGGGCCAAUGCCCAGUUGGGCUGGACCGCGGGACCAGCAGUUCUCAUGGCCUUUUCCUUCAUUACCUAUUUCACUUCUACUCUUCUGGCCGACUGUUACAGGGCCCCAGACCCCGUCACCGGAAAGAGAAACUACACCUACAUGGCCGCCGUCAAAGCUUACUUAGGUGGGAGAAAAGUACAGCUUUGUGGGUUGGCUCAGUAUGGUAAUUUGGUUGGAAUAACAGUCGGUUACACUAUUACUGCCUCUAUCAGUAUGGUGGCUGUAAAAAGGUCAAACUGUUUUCACAAAGAGGGUCACUCGGCAAAAUGUUCAAUCUCAAAUUACCCAUUUAUGAUAAUAUUUGCUUGCAUCCAAAUCGUUCUGAGUCAAAUACCAAAUUUUCAUGAUCUUUCUUGGCUCUCUAUACUCGCUGCUGUUAUGUCCUUUGCUUACUCUAGUAUCGGAGUUGGUCUCUCCAUCGCUAAAGUAGUAGGGGGUACGCAUGCAAAGACAACCUUAACGGGAGUGACAGUUGGGGUGGACGUGACGGGAUCGGAGAAAGUUUGGAGAACUUUCCAAGCCAUCGGAGAUAUUGCCUUUGCUUAUGCCUUUUCUACUGUUCUCAUUGAAAUACAGGACACCUUGAGAUCAAGCCCACCAGAAAACAGAUCUAUGAAAAAGGCAACUUUUGCUGGAAUUAUGACUACCACCACUUUUUAUAUCCUAUGCGGUUGUGUUGGUUAUGCAGCAUUUGGAAAUAGUGCACCAGGAAAUUUCCUCACCGGAUUUGGGUUCUAUGAACCAUUUUGGUUGAUCGAUUUGGCCAACGUUUGCAUUGCCAUUCAUCUAAUCGGUGCCUAUCAGGUGUUCUGCCAGCCCAUAUACGGACUCGCAGAAAGAUUCUGCGAUAAGCGCUGGCCAGAAAGCAAGUUUAUAUCGCGUGAGUAUGCCAUGAAUGUUCCAUUCCAUGGCGUCUACUAUGUGAGCCCCUUCAGGCUGGUCUGGAGAACCGCAUACGUUGUAGUGACGACAUUGGUAGCUAUGAUAUUCCCUUUCUUCAAUGAUUUCUUGGGUCUGCUUGGAGCAGCCUCAUUUUGGCCACUGACAGUUUACUUCCCUAUUGAAAUGCACAUUGCUCAGUCAAAAAUACCCCAGUACUCGUUCAGAUGGAAUAUGCUCAAGAUCUUGAGCGGCGCCUGUUUGAUUGUGUCCAUUGUCGCUGCUGCUGGAUCUAUUCAAGGUUUGGCUACAGAUGUCAAGACAUACAAACCCUUCAAAACACAAUGAUCGAUCGUUGACAAUACCCUAGUAGUCCCCAACGUUGUGUGUACCUUCCCCUCAGUAUUAAAAAAAAAUUAUAUAUCUUACCUGCAGGUCUGUAUGUUAUCUUCAAUGCCAAUGUUGCAAGGUCUUAGACUGCUGAAUGUUAACAGUACUAUUCGUAUGAAGAAAAAUUGCAAAACAAAAUUGCUCCAAUAUAAGACUUUUACCUCCA